AUGGAUAACAGAAUCUACAGAACACUACACCCGGUACUUGCAUCGAGGAACAGAUGGAAGACGAACCCAGCCCAUCCUUUGACCCAACGGAUCCGUGACCUUACGCAGAAGAAGAAAGCCCAGCGUCGAGUCAUACUUAGGAGUGAGAUUGUGAAUGAAUCCUUAUGUGACCAAAUUGUUCAACGUGUAGCGCCCUAUCUUCGUCAAACCACCCCAGUGGAUAUCCUUGACCUGUGGCCUGGUAGCGGCUUGUGGUCAUCCAAAAUCAAUGACUUCCUACGACCUCGCCGCCAUGUGCUUGUUGAGCCAGACCUCGACAUCUGGGGUGAAUUUCUUCAUCCCUUAACAGAGAGCAAACCCUGCUACAAGCUCCUUCCUAUGGAUAUCUAUCCAAGUGCCGGGCUGCAUAAGACAAAAAUCGAUUGGGGUGCUGUAAUAAAAGAAAACUUUCCAGAGCAAAGCCUACCCUCGCAAAGCUCUGCGGGUCUACCACGAAAUGAUACGCUCCUCGUCUUGGCCAACCCGCCCCAGGCAUCUUCUGGCAAGGAUCAUAUGACACCGGGGCGCUGGUGGAUUAAGUUCUUGGAAACAUGUUUGCAAAAACAUGAUUUGCAUAGCUACGGGUCUGUCCGAAUCAUUGCACAACUUCCCCACACUGAGAUUACGACUGUUCUCCCGCGAGCAAUUGCAGAGCGAAAGCGGUCUGGAUUGUUGACGGAGACUUUGGCCUUGCACUGCGUGGAGCUCGCGAGGCCGGAGAUGCCUGAGCCACAGUAUACUUGGCGAGAUUACAACGAAACCGUCAAAAACAGAGAACGAGUCAGCGAAAGAGCCGCGGCACAGGGCAUUGUCACGCCGCCAGAUCGACAGUUACCUCCCCUUGAAUAUGUGCCACCCACCCCUGAGCGUGCCCUUGGUCGUGCCUCGAGAAGAAAGGAUACCCAGCCUUACAUCCACAGACGACUUCUUGAGUCCCAUAAGCCUUUACUGGAUGAUAUCGCAAAAGGAGACCUGAUUUUAGGAGAGAGGCCGGAUAAAAAGAAAGCAAAUCCAGCGAAAAUCAAAGCACGAAACGCGGCUAUCACCACAUUAGACAGAGAGAACACAAGUGCCUAUUACCGCCUGAAAUUUGCCAACCGCCAGCUUGAGAUUGACGAACUUACACGAAAGUUUGCCCGUGCAGCAGCAGAUGUCAAUGAAACCCCCGAGAGAUUGAAAGGCUUGGAAGGUGAUAUUGUGUCUCUGCAAUCCAUCCAGAACGCUGAAAUCUCCGAGAUACACUUCGUGAAAAAGAGGUAUUAUGACAGAGUGAUGGAUGACGCCCGCAAUGUUGCUCUAUCCAACAAUUUCGACAAUUCCGUAUUGCUUUGGGAACGACGACCGUUUGAGCCCCUGUUUAUCCCCCCAUCGAAUGUUUAUCCUCACGACUACCCGCGUGGCGUCGUCUACUUUGAAGCACAGCCUAACCCUCCUGUGGUGCAGAAGAUUUCCGAAAUGCCGAACGUAGACACUACCGAAUUUCUCUCUCGGUUCCAGGCCCUGAGUGCUCCUUUCCACCCCAGUGUCAGCAUGUCGGUCAGCGAACUGCUUUCCAUACUUCUCCCGGGGCGGAGCAUCAACGAAAUCGUCCAGGCCAUUCCCAGUCUCACGGCCUUUGCGGACCGGCGACUGAAGCCUGGCUGUGGGCCAAUGGCCUUGCCAGAUCCUUCUGCAGAUCCGGCGUUCAGCUACCAGGCCAACUUGGACUAUGACUUGAGUGGUGUCCGAGUGCGAUCACUUUCUACCACCACACUAUUUGAGAUUAUGGUUGAGUUCGAGAAAAGCUCACCUAGGACAAGCACAUUGCAGUUCAACCGCAUGUUGGGUGGGACACUGACCUCAUUCCAAUCCGGAAUUGAAAACAUCCAACUGCACUAA